AUGCUGCAGUUGACAAAGAAUCAUAAUGAAACAGACAAGACAAACAAGACAGACAAGACAGAGCUCAAUGAACUUCUUCAACAGCUAGAUGUCACAAUAAAGAAUUUGGAGUCAAAACGACUGCACUUGAAAGAGCAGUUGCACCAGGCAAGAUUGUCUAAUGGUCAUGAUAACAAGAAAGACGUUGACACCAAUACAGUGGCACGUAAAAUCAACGAUGCUCGUGAUUUGGAGGGGUUGGAAAAAUUGAUUGAGCAGUUUGAUUCCAAGAUUGAUCAAGCGUAUAGUACCAGGGAUAAUUUGGCCAAGCUUGGGCAAUUGCUGCAACUUGACGAAGUAAAGAGUCAAGACAAGUUGAAUGAAGAGGGUUUGCCUUUUAUGGAUAUCCAAGAGGAAGUUGACGAAGACGGCAAUGUGAUUAGUGCUAAAGUCAAUGAAAAAGUGGUUGACAUUCAUAAGGAUUCAAAUAGACAGGUAAAUGAUAACGUUAAGGAGAACAUAAACAAGAACAUAAACAGAAACAUAAACAAGAAUGUAGAGGAGAGGACUUCAACAAAAGCCGCUACCUUAGCUAGUCAAUUUUCUAACAACAAGAAGAAUGACAGCAAUGACUUUGCUUCAGAUGACGAGUUACAAUUACUUUUACGAGAUAUGGAGUUGACUUCGCGUCAACCCAAUCACCAGAUACUGGAUAUAGAUCAGGAUGAGCUUUUGGAGAAGAUCGACAAGUUGGCAAUCUCUCCGCAAGAAAAGUUUGAUUUGAAGAGAAUCUGUCUUGAUGCAUAUAGAAACAUUGAGGAUGAAUCUGAUCACUUUAAGAAAGACGCUGCUAUAAAAUCCACCAGAGAACACGGUACUGUAUCUGGAAGUCUGUAUCCUACUCCUGCUAUAAGUCGAGAAGAUAUGCUCGAACUUGAAUUAAUUGCUGACGACUUUGACCCUCAAGAGGACUACGAUGAAGAGGAGGAAAUGGAUUAUGACUUUGAAGAAGUAGAAGAAGAGGAAGAAGAAGAUGAAGAAGAUGAAGAUGAUGACUAUGCUGACUCUCUUCUAUAUGGCCGUGGUUCUUAUAAACCCAACCCCGUGCUUCCUACUGAUCCCAAGUUUGCAAAUGCCAAUAAAAUGUUGUGGCAACAAGUUGGUGCCUUGAGAAGCAAGAAGGCAUUACAGGAUAAGACCUUGGAUAAGAAGAAGGAUGAAGCUGAUGGCGAAGCUCUGAAAAAAAAUCAAAGGUCUGUACGAUUUGCAGAGACCGUGGACGUGAAGAAUGUUGAGAAUAUUAGCGACGCAUUGCGUAACCCGCCACCAGAGCCUCGUAAGCAAUCUUUGUUUAAGCAAAGUAGGAUCCUGAAUAUAAAGGAUGUUGAAAGGCAAGCAAUUACUAGAAAAGUUGGAGAUGUGAAUGCUGAAGAUGGGCAUGUAUCAACAAUGCAAACAUCUGCAACUAAGAGCAUAUCUCCAGUCAGUGAUAUCAAGGAGAAUGAUGGAGCAAAUGAAGUUGGUCAGGAGAGUCCCGUUGUAAACAAGCCAAAAUCUAGGUUCAAAGCCAUGAAAGAGAAGAACAAUGAUCACAAGGAGCUUGAUCAAGAGGGACAAGUGGUAAACGAGUCAAAGUCAAAGUCAAAGUCAAAACCAAAGUCAAGAUUUAGAGCUAUGAGAGAGGGUAGCCAGGAAAGUUCUAAUAGGUUGAGUACCACCAAUAUUGGGGCUCCAAGUGCUACUUCUACAUCCAUUGAACUGUCUGCUGUUAAUCAGAAACCAUUUGAGCCUGAAAGCGAGCAGAUUAGGGAUACUCGAUUGGACUAUGCCAGUAUGAAUAAUGACUUGGAUACGAUGGCGAAGGCGUAUAUAUUGGGGAUGUAUGAUGACGAUAUCAGUACAACUGGUCCGGUUGUUGAGCAGUUGGAUGAUUUUGAAACGCUAAAUAAAAUGGUUGAGGCUGGCCAGGGAAAAAGAGGAGCACAAUCAGAGAAGGCGAGGUUUGGCAAUGGCAGCGAAAGUUUAGAUAAUGACACUAUAAAUGAGAUUGGUAUGGAUUACAUUGAUGGAGACAAUAUGGAUAUUGACGAAGAGGGAGAUGAUGGUAAGAUCAUGACAGACGAUAUUGUUGAACAUGCAUUUGAUAGUGAUAGUGAUAGUGAUAGUGAUGAUGACAAUAAUGAAGGUGGAGAGGGUAGCAAGCGGGUUGCAGCAAUUGAUGCAGACGAAGUCAACCUUGCCGAGGUGCUGCAGAAUUACCAUCGUUUGAGGCAGAAGCUUAUACUGGAACAGAAUGGGUUCAAGCGUGCAGCUGAGAAACGACAGGAAUUUGUGCCGGUUGAUGAGGAUGGGAAUGAAGUGAAGAUGAGCCGAUUCAAAGCUGGUAGAUUAGUACCCUAA